CGGCCGGGCUGUGGGGGGAGGGAGCGUGAGGGGCUUGGAGCGCCAGCGGGCACCGGGCUCGAAGGACGGCAACAUGGCGGCCCUAGGGUCUCCGGCGCGCACUUUGCGAGGCCUUCUACGGGAGUUGCGCUACAUGAACGCAGCCACUGGCCGACCCUAUCGCGACACCGCAGCCUAUCGGUAUCUCAUGAAGGCUUUCCGUGCACAUCGGGUCACCAGUGAGAAGUUGUGCAGAGCCCAACAUGAGCUUCAUUUCCAAGCUGCCACCUACCUCUGCCUCCUCCGCAGUGUCCGCCAACAUGUGGCCCUUCACCAGGAAUUUCACGGCAAGGGUGAGCGCUCGGUGGAAGAGUCAGCUGGCUUGGUGGGUCUCACGUUGCCCCAGCAGCCCGGAGGGAAGGGCUGGGAGCCAUGAAAAUGGGGAGAUUCCGUGGAUGCUGCCUUCAGAGAAGAAUUUAAUUAUUUCUAUCGAUAUGUAUUUAUCAUUAAAACUUUUUUUUAAGUUUA